AUGAAAAUAGCUAGAGAGGAAUUGAUGGCGUUUGAAGACUCUAUUUUACCACGUCAUCAGAAUGAAUCUGUCCCAGACGCGAAACCUUUCGACGCCAACCCUCAUUUCCUCGAUCUCAUCCUCCUCUCCGAUUCAUCUCGCGUUCCGGCUUCCACUGGCGACCGCAAGAUCAAAAAGAAGACCGCCGCGGCGACUGCGAAACCAAAUGGGAAGCCCCCUGCUUCUUCUCCGAUCCAGGGCAGCCAAUCAGAAAAAGAACAGGGUAUACUGACUUUGUGGAUUAAGACAACGGAGACGGUAAAACCUAUCAGCUUGGGAGCUCCUAAGCCUGCUAUGGAGAUAGACAACCCCGAUGGUAGCAGUGGAAGUGGAGAUGCUGCUGAAGAGAUGGUUGUUCCACAUGUCGACAAAAGCAUUUUCGAGGAACUUGAAGCGAUGGGAUUCCCUAAAUCUCGUGCUACCUGA